AUGAUAGAUUUUGGAGGAGUUGACUCAAAUAGAGAUAGUGCUCAGCCAAGCGGAUUUUCUACAGAAGGAUUACAUCAAGAAUUUGUUGAAAUGGGUGAUUCUGAACCUGUUAAAAUUUCUCUCAAAAAUGGAUAUUGCAAAUUUACAAAUGAAGAAAAGAUUCAUAUCAUGAAUAGCCUGCAGGAGAAUUCUCAUAAAGGUCUUCAGAAAGGCAAAAGAUUUAAUAAAGUAGAUGCUGAAUUCAUGAGAAAGAAUGCCCUGUUCUUCAAAUAAGUUUAAAAAGAAUAAAUAAAAAAUUGAAAGUCCAAGACUCUCAGGCUUUCUUAAAUAUCCUUUCUACUUCAUAUAAAGGCCAGAAUUUAAGCAACUUUAAUAAUUAUAUCGAAGAUCGGAUAGUAAAGUCUCAAAUUGAGAAAAGGAAGUUUCUGAAUGCCAAAAUUUGAGACAAAUUUAUACGAAAAUAGCCAGAAUAACCCAAAUAAAGAUGCCUUCAGAAGGUCUCAUCAAGAGAGGACCUCGAUUGAUAAAAGCACUCUUGGGCCAACAACUACUGAGGACUUUCAUCAGAUGAGGCCUAUCAGUGGAGCCAAAAGAGAAAUAAUCAAGGAGAAUAUCAAUGUGAUUGACACCUCGAAGAAAUCUGACUUAUGGAAAUACAAAGAUUUCAAAUUCCCCAGUCCACUGCCAGAUGGAUGAAACAAUGUGAUCUCCUUCAGUGUGAAUAAGAAGAAAUAAAACUAAAGAGCUCACUCUUGAUGAUGUCUACCAGAUAUUCGGAAUCAGGCCAAAGGACUCCACAGAGUCCUUUUAUAACAGAAUGAAGGGUUCCCAAAGCGUAAUUGUAGAUGAAUCUGAGAUGCUUUCGAAAAGGAUUUUCAGGAAUAGAAGAACUCCUAUUGCCAAACCAGUGAUGGAUCAUAAUCUUAUGAAUGAUUAUAGAAGUAAUCCAAAGACUUCCCAUAGUGUAGUACAGAAAAGACGAGACACCUCCUUGAAACAGAAUGGGUUUAUCAACCAAUUAGUCCCUCAAAAAGAGAAGAAUGAAAAGGUGCCUGCUCUCACAAGUUCUCGAAAGAAGAGGAAAAAGGCAGCUACGACUAUUAUGGCAAGUCCUUGAAGAAGUAAAUUUUCUGCCACUCUUAACAGUACAUCAUCUAAAAGGGGUUGGCCUAAUAAAAGAAAUACCUUAGGCUGAACCAAUUUUGAAAGUAUCUUCCACAAACUUAGGAAAUGAAACAUCUUCCGUGGUAAUGGAAUCACUCCUGUUGAAGCAAGGGAGAUGUACUAUCGUGACAAAAGAAAGGGGAGGGAAGACAGAAAGGCUUCGGUUCAAAUCACUCGUGAAGAUUUGAAUCUGUCCCAAAAUUUACUACAGCAGCCUAGAGGAUCGACUCUGUUCAUAGAUACCUUGGAUGGGUAA